AUGUGCCUGACCUAUCUUGUGUAUUGCGCCUGGAUGUUGCGAAAUAUCCCGAUAUACGAAGGCCUCUGCAAGAUGCUGAAGAAGGAGCCCGUCAUCCCGGAAGAGGUCGACGAGGACGACGACGACAUGCAGGGGGCCAUUUAUUAUGACCCAGUCGAGGUCCUGUGGCGCGUCACCAUGCCCGAUCACGAUCGCAGGCCAUUCGCCUGCUUCUCGGCCUCCCUCCUCAACAUCGCCGUGUUGUCGUACGUGAUGGUGGACGCCGCGACGCGCUUCGGAUGCAUCACCGGCAUCCCGACGCUGUUCAUGGGCCUGGUCUUCCUCGCGGCGGGAACGUCCAUCCCCGACGCCUUCGCGUCCAUGGCCGCCGCGCGCCGCGGCGAGGGGGACAUGGCCGUGUCCAACGCCCUCGGCUCCAACAUAUUCGACAUCCUGCUCGGCCUCGGGUUCCCGUGGCUCAUCGCGCUCCUGCUCGGGAAGCCGAUCGUGUUCCUCGGGGUCAACAGGCUGCUGACGUGGGUGCUGAUCCUCAUCCUGGUGCUCUUCCUCUUCAUGGGCGUGGUCGUGCUGAGCGGCUGGAAGCUCAACCAGAAGAUGGGCCUCGUCCUCGGCUUCAUGUACGUCGGGUACGUCCUCUUCGGGCUCCACCAGUCGAACACGGGGGGGAAGCUCCACUGA